AUGGCUUCCACCAACUCCGGAGGAAUCUUUGACAGUCUAGCCAAAUUCUAUGUCUCCAUCGCCAUCAUUUGGACGGUCGCACUCCUCGCCGGCGCCGUCUUUCUCAUUAUCAAUCGUCGCGAGCAAUGCGUUCGUAUUCGCAACCUGCCCCUCGCUCUGAGCGCCGUCUCCUGUCUCCAUGUCUAUUGGAUUCUGUGCAUGGUCGCUUACUCCAUGGGUACUGCGUAUCCCUGUGCCGUCGAAUACUGGGUCAUGAGCGUCUAUCUACCUCUAGGAAUCGCCCUUUUCCAGGCGAACAGCAUGCAGCUCCUGAAUGUCUUUGGUAUCCAGGAGAAGCUGCUUUAUGCCGCGCAGCAGUCCUACAAACCCCAGCUCAGUGCCUCGGCAAGACACUCCAGCCGAUACUUGUCUUACUGGCGACAGAUGAACCUGGUCCAACGGACAGAAUUUGGUAUCGCGGUGGGAAUGGGGGCCCAGCUAAUCCUCUCGCUCUCCGUCUACCUCACAUCCCGAAAAUUCCAUGAUUUCGGCACCUUCUCCGAAGCGGUGGGUCCAGAGGAAUGUCGACGAGGUCCUGAAUGGCAAGACUCCCGGCCGGAUGGUAAAUGCGCCCUGCAUUCCUCAACAGAAGCCUGGGCAUCUGUCAACAGAUACUGGGUACCGCCUCUCUGGUUUGCACCCGGUAUUAUAACAAUGGAGGCUGUGACUAUCUUCUUUCCAUGCUAUGAGGUGGUCUCAUCCAGAUGGCACAGAGACCGUAUUCUUGGGGAAAUCGAAGCAUGGAACGAAAAGAAGACCAAUGCCAUGGACGAGUCGCGUUCGGGAACAUCGAGAUCCAACAGCGAACUCAGCCGCGUGAGUGAGUUGUAUUCCCUCAAGGCCUUAGAAAAGUGCUUAGAGGACGACUCAAGUGCGCUGCUCCAAUUUGCUGCGUCCAAGGAAUUCAGCGGCGAGAAUAUCGUCUUCCUGAACUACGUGCGCGACUGGAAGGCUUCGUGGGCGAGAACAACCGCAUCAAAUCCGGAAUACGAUUGGAACCGUGAUCCUCGGCACUACAGACUUCACUUCUUCAAGGUCGCCGUCGAGAUCUACACAGUUUGCGUCAAUUUGAAGACGGCGGAAUUUCCCAUCAAUAUUGAAUCUCGGGUCUACUCGAAUCUAACGGAAAUGUUCGGUGAAGCUGUCCCGGUUUUUGGCCAACUCAUGACUAGAGGAGCAGCAACACGCCGGGAGGAUGACACUAGCGCUCUGUGUCUGGAUGAAUAUGUUAGGAGCGCUCGGAAGCGCGAUAGCUAG